CUGGGGCCCUGGCGGGGCAAGAAAAUGAUGGGAGAGGCGGAGGCUGAGGCGACCGACUGUUGAGUGGAACCUGCGAAGUCAGCCGAGAUGAGGUCGGGCGCGGGCUCGCCCUUGGGGCCUCGCCGUUUGCAGUGGUUGCUGUUGUUUGGCCUGGUGGGCCCCGUGCUCGGUGGGGCGCGGCCAGGCUUUCAACAGACCUCGCAUCUCUCUUCUUAUGAAAUUAUAACUCCUUGGAGAUUAACUAGAGAACGAAGAGAAGCCCCUAGGCCCAAUUCAGAACAGAUAUCUUAUGUCAUUCAGGCUGAAGGAAAAGAGCAUAUUAUUCACUUGGAAAGGAACAAAGACCUUUUGCCUAAAGAUUUUGUAGUUUAUACCUACAGCAAGGAAGGGGCUCUGCUCUCUGACUAUCCCAAUAUACAGAAUCAUUGUCAUUAUCGGGGCUAUGUGGAGGGAGUUUAUAAUUCAUCCAUUGCUCUUAGCGACUGUUUUGGACUCAGAGGAUUGCUGCAUUUAGAGAAUGCAAGUUAUGGAAUUGAACCCCUGCAAAACAGCUCUCAUUUUGAGCAUAUCGUUUAUCGAAUGGAUGAUGUCCACAAAGAGCCUCUGAAAUGUGCAGUUUCCAACAAGGAUAUAGAGAAAGAAACCACACAGGAUGAAGAGAAAGAGCCUCCCAGUAUGACUCAGCUACUUCGAAGAAGAAGAGCUGUCCUGCCACAGACCCGAUAUGUGGAGCUGUUCAUUGUCGUAGACAAGGAAAGGUAUGACAUGAUGGGAAGAAAUCAGACAGCUGUGAGAGAAGAGAUGAUUCGUCUGGCAAACUACUUGGAUAGUAUGUAUAUUAUGUUAAAUAUCCGAAUUGUGCUAGUUGGACUGGAGAUUUGGACAAAUGGAAACUUGAUCAGCAUAGUCGGAGGUGCUGGCGAUGUGUUGGGGAACUUUGUGCAGUGGCGAGAAAAGUUUCUUAUAACACGUCGGAGACACGACAGUGCACAGCUAGUUCUAAAGAAAGGUUUUGGUGGGACUGCAGGAAUGGCAUUUGUGGGAACAGUGUGUUCAAGGAGCCACGCAGGCGGGAUUAAUGUGUUUGGGCAAAUCACUGUGGAGAUAUUUGCAUCCAUUGUUGCCCAUGAGUUGGGUCAUAAUCUUGGAAUGAAUCAUGAUGAUGGAAGAGAUUGUUUCUGUGAAGCAAAGAGCUGCAUCAUGAAUUCAGGAGCAUCGUGAGUAACU